GUCACAGAGCUUGUCUGCAGUUUUCUUCCUUUCUCUCCCUCCACCUCGUGAGCGAGUAGCCAUGAACUGGUCUGUGGGAGUCCUGCGGGCCGGCCGGAGAGUGGAGGCUGCGAGAGUGAAUUUCCUGUGCCCGAGGGGGGCGCUGUGUCCCCGCCAGCCGUCAGGCAUCCCCCUUCCGGUCGCCUGGCCCGUCACCCUCGUGUCCAGGAUGGCGACCAUCAAGUGUGAGCUUAUCAAGAAUUUCACCUCCGAGGAGGCCGUUCAUCACAACAAAGUCUCCAUUAUAGGAACCGGAUCGGUUGGCAUGGCCUGUGCUAUCAGCAUCCUGUUAAAGGGUUUGACCGAUGAACUUGCCCUUGUGGAUGUUGAUGAAGACAAACUGAAGGGUGAGACCAUGGAUCUGCAACAUGGCAGUCCGUUCGUGAAAAUGCCGACUAUUGCCUCCAGCAAAGAUUACCCUGUCACUGCAAACUCCAACCUUGUGGUCAUCACAGCAGGUGCACGCCAGGAAAAAGGAGAAACACGGCUUAAUUUAGUCCAGCGCAACGUGGCCAUCUUUAAGUUAAUGAUUUCCAAUAUUAUCCAGUAUAGCCCUCGCUGCAAACUGAUUGUUGUUUCCAAUCCAGUAGAUAUAUUAACUUACGUGGCCUGGAAAUUGAGUGGAUUUCCCCAAAACCGUGUUAUUGGAAGUGGUUGUAACCUGGACACUGCCCGUUUCCGUUUCUUGAUUGGGCAAAAGCUUGGUAUUCACUCUGAAAGCUGUCAUGGGUGGGUCCUUGGAGAGCAUGGAGAUUCCAGUGUCCCUGUGUGGAGUGGAGUGAACAUCGCUGGUGUCCCUCUGAAGGCUUUGAAUUCAGAUAUAGGAACUGAUAAAGAUCCCGAGAAGUGGAAAAAUGUCCACAAAGAUGUAAUUGCCAGUGCCUAUGAGAUUAUUAAAAUGAAAGGUUAUACUAAUUGGGCCAUUGGCUUAUCUGUAGCUGAUUUAACGGAAAGCAUUUUGAGGAAUCUUAGAAGAGUGCAUCCAGUUUCCACCAUAAUUAAGGGUCUGUAUGGGAUAAACAAAGAAGUAUUCCUCAGUGUCCCAUGUGUCUUGGGAGAGAGUGGUAUUGCAGACCUUGUAAAGGUGACGCUGACCCCUGAAGAACAGGCCCGUCUGAAGAAGAGUGCGGAAACACUGUGGGAGAUUCAGAAGGAGCUUGAGCUUUAAAGUUGUUUGAAACUAUCUUUCAGAAGUUACUGAAGAGAUAGUAGGUGUGGGGUUGUGUAUGUCAAAUUUUUUAAUAAACUUGAAAUUGCUAGAAGUUGGAAAUAGGAAAGGAAGUACAGUGACUCAUCUGUUUAUUCCCCAGCUUUUUUAUUUAGCAUCCAGAUGUCAGGAUGAUUUUUUCUUCCCCACACAAUUCCUAAGUGACUGCAUCAAAGGUGUUUUUGUACCACUGAUGUGCCAGUACUUGCCAUAUAUAUUUAGAGAGAGAGUUGCUAUUUGGUCCAAAAGGAUAAAGGAUGUAGGUGUUUAUUGUGUUACAGAAAUGAUAAUUUUCAUUAAGUACAUGUUAAUUUUUUCAUUCCGGCUGGCUUACACCUACUGUGUUCAUUUAUAUACUGUUUUUAAGAAGUUGUGACUUUCUCUACAACGUAAAAAUAAAUAUACACACAGACAGAA